AUGAGCCCCCCAUCUCCGCAGAGGCGUCUUUCCGGCGGCACGUGCCGCAGAUACCGAGUGCCACUCGACUAUAGCCAGGGCUUGGCCGGUGGCAACAUCAUUGUGACGGUGAAGCGCUCUGGUCCUGCCACCAAAAGCGACGGCCAGCUCUGGAUAAUGCAAGGAGGCCCUGGUAUGCCUUCGCAUCCCAUGCUGGGACUGCUUGCAGGUCUUGGAAAGGUCUCCUAUGCGCUGGACCACCGCGGCACUGGAUGGUCCACCGUGUUGGAUUGUCCGAAAGUCCGCAGCAAGCAGCCUGGUAAGCUGCCCUGCGGCAACUCCUGGAUGAAGGGCCUAGGCUUCGGCAACGUAUCUACCGAAACUGUUGAUGCUUGUCUGGCCUCAGGGGACAUUGGCGCGCCCAAGCAUUUCACUGCUGCGAACGCCGCGCGAGAUUUGGCCUCGGUAAUCGUGGCAAUUCAAGCCGAAACAGGAAGCACCGCCGAUGGCCAGGAGUUUCCUGUAAUCGUCUCGCAUGUCGGCAUUGAUGGCGUUUGCGGUGGGGAUUAUGACUUUGGGCAAUUUGCCUUGGCAGCCAACCGUGCCGGGCAGCGUCUCUUGGACGAGUAUUGCGACGCAGGUUGUCGGGGCAAGCUAGGCGCACCUGCCACUGGCUCUGUUGCCCUCUGGUUUGGGGAGGCUGUGAAGGAGAUUGACAAGGCCUUUUUUCGUCGAUGGUUCGGGCGGCGGCUUUUGUGGGAAGUACUUCUGGGAGCGUUGCGCGAAGUCGUCCUCUCUGUCAGGUUGGACCAGGCCUCAGCAAAGGAUGCCUUGGGUUCCAUAGGCUAUCUGCAUUUUUCUGGAGGGUUUUCGUUGCAGAAGCAGUUUGUCACGCUGGUCCUCACCUUGCGGCGAUGUGUCAGAGACACAAGUGCAACGACCAUCCCAAGUGAUUUCUGGGCAGUUGUUCACUCAAUCGAUGACGCAGUUCGGCGUGUGGAGGACUACAGACAGAACAAUCCGACCGAGUUUUCCGAGAUUCUUCACCUCGUCGUCAGCUUCGGUGACCUGUGGAAGGGACCUCCUGAGCUACAUGCAUGGGGUUUGGAAGAUGCAAGGCAUGGCAACUGUAGUUUAGCAUCAUGGCGAGACUUCUUCGACGAGCAUGUCUUUUGGGCGCCGGACUUCGUGACAUUGAUGAGCCGAUAUCAGGAUGUGUUCAAUAAGUACGGCUAUCGCGAGAACUCUGCGCUUGUGCACAGCAACGGUCAUCCUUGGAGUAACGUGACGGUUCUCGUGACCAAUGGCGACUUGGAUGGGCAGACUCCCUUGCGAUCUGCCCGUGCCACCUUCGAAGCUUUGCCAACUUGCAAAGCCAAAGUGGAGCUCCCAACCGGUGGGCACUGUGUCUCCGGCAGUUCGUGUCUCGGGCGUGUGGUUGCCGCUUUCUAUCGCAGUCCGGUGGCCUGCUCCUCAGGUUCGGUGGCUCCGGCAACUUCCAGUGCUCUUGGGAAGGCUUUGGAAGCUUUCGAUUCGGGUUCUUGCAAGGCCCGCAAGAUACUAGCAGGCUGGUGGACGGGAUUACUGCCUGUACGCGGGUGUGGGCGGAAUUUUACAGGCUCCGGUUGCGAUACGACCCAAAGAUUUUGCAGCGGGUGUUUCUCAACAUGUGUGAGACUGUUGGAGAAGGCAAGCGUGCCGAACGCAAGAUGCGUUUGUGCGGCAGAGGCCGCCCGCUGUGGAGCCAGAGGCAACUGCACAGAAGGAGGCUUUGAAUUCUGCUCACAGGAAGCGUCGCAGGCCGGCUGUGACCACAGGUUAGCAAGACCUGGUUGUAGCAUAGUCCUUUUGCCCAGCCCAGAUGGUUCCAGCUGCCUUCUGAGCAGCCAGGUAUCUUCUGCCACCAGACCUGUGCUCGGCAGGCAAUGGGACAUUGCAGCCAGGCAUCAGCUAUGGCUAUGGCGGCAGCAGAAAGGAUUUACUGGCGCUCUCGAUGCAAGGUCUGUAUUCAUCACUUCCCCUGGAGCCAAACUCCCAAACCGAAACCUUAACCCUAAGUCCUAA